UGAUGAACUCUGGAAAGAAGAGAAACGGUUUGAAGCUCAGCAGGAACUGCUCAGUAACGGUUGAAGGAAAGUUUGGAGAGAGAAAAGCUACCAGAGAUGUGGAGACAGCAGGUCAAACAGCGACUGGAUGCAGCAGAGGAGCAGAGACACGAAAUACUGGAUGCUGCUUUCAGCCCCGAAGAUCGGCUGCAGUCAUUAGAUUUGCCUUCAAAUGUUCAAAUGUUGCUGGUUAAAGAAGAGGUUCCUGAAGAAGAUAGUACUGAUGUGGACCAGCAGAGCACAGAGCCUCUCAACAUAAAGGAGGAAGAUGAGGGACUCUGGACCAGUCUGGAGAAAGAGCAGCUCAGUGUGAAGGAGGAGACUGAUGGCGACAGGUUUCCAGUCAUUACUGUUCUCAUAAAAUGCGAGGAUGAUGAAGAUAAACCUCUGCUCUCACAGCUUCAUUGUUGUCAAACAGAUGGUGAAGAACCAACCAGCAGCUCAGCUGAGCAGAUAAAAGCAGUUACUGAUGAAGAAGGCCAUGGAGGACCAGAAUCCACCAUGAGUCAAGAUCUAAAUACCCAUGGAGAUACUGCCAACUUCUCAGAGACUGAGGUCACUGAUGAUAAAGAGGAAGGUGAUGUGAACCAUCCUGACUCUGGAUCUGAAACUGAAGACAGUGAUGAUGCCUGGAAGGAGAGCAGGGCUCCUGAAUCAGGUGGAGACUCUGUCCUCAGAUCUUUGAGCUGCUCUGACUGCGGCGAACAGUUUGUCAACUUGCUCUCUCUUCAGAGUCACAUGACGAGUCACUCAGCAAUGAGGUCUUCAAGCUCAGCGAGGGAAGUCCAAAAGGAUCAGAAACUUUAUGGUUGUCCUGACUGUGGUAAAUGUUUUAACAGGAAGGAUUAUCUCAACAAACACAUGAAAUGCCACACAGGAGAAAAACCAUUUAGUUGUGAUGUUUGUGAACAAAGAUUUAGAGUCAAGUCAAAAUUAAAUAGACACAUGAAAAUUCACACAGGAGAAAAACCAUUUAGUUGUGAGGUUUGUGAACAGAAAUUUAGAGUUAAAUCAAGUUUAAGCAGACACAUGAGAAUCCAUACAGGAGACAAACCAUUUAGUUGUGAUUUCUGUGGGCGAACAUUUCGUAAUAAGUCAACUUUAAACAAUCAUAUCAGAAUUCAUGCAGGAGAAAAAGCCUUUAAUUGUGACGUUUGUGAACAAAGAUUCAGAUUGAAGUCAACUUUGAAAAGCCACAUGAGAGUCCACACUGGAGACAAACCAUUUAUAUGUGAUGUUUGUGGACAAAGAUUUAUUGAAAAGUCUGCUUUAAACCGUCACAUGACAAUCCACACGGGAGAUAAACCAUUUAGUUGUGAAGUUUGUGGAAAAAGAUUUAGUGAAAACUCACAUUUAAACUGCCACAUGAGAAUCCACACAGGAGACAAACCGUUUAGUUGUAAUGUUUGUGAGCAAAGAUUUAGAUUUAAAUCAAAUCUAAACAGACACGUGAAAAGUCACACAGGAGACAGACCAUUUGGUUGUGAUGUUUGUGGGCGAAGAUUUUUUCAAAAGUCUGCUUUAAAUGGUCACAUGACAAUUCACAGAAGAGACAAACCUUUUGGUUGUGACGUCUGUGGACGAAGAUUUACUGAAAAGCCCACUUUAAAAAAUCACAUGAGAAUCCACACAGGAGAAAUUGCAUAAAUGCCAAUAUUAAAAGAAUUGUUGCAUGUUCUGUGUGUGCGUGUGUGGGUUCUUUGGCCUCUAGGGGAGUGGGAGUCAACCGAAAUAUUUUCAGUCCUGACACAAAGAAGCCAAGAAUUUCUGCACAUCUCAGGUUUUCAGGGAGUUUGAUCUUGAGCUGAGGAGCAUGAAAACUAGAUGUUACCUCACCCUAAACCAGGUGGUUGGUGUGACGUAGAAAGUUAAAGACUCAAUGCAAUUAACUGGGACUGAGUUUUUUUUAUAUAAAUGUAUACUCUGCAUAUAUAUAGACUUGAAAUUUUUCUGAUUAGACUGAGUCAAUAUUUCUGUAUAUAAAUUUGAUCUCUUUGUUUUGUGAAAUAGUAUUCUGUUGGUCAGGACUUUGGCUGCAGCAACAGGUCAAAAGUUAUUCAUGCCAUUAGUGUUGCUUUGUCCUCUGCUCCUAGUUUAAGGAUCUUAAUUCUAGACAUGAUCCUACUUAGAUCCUACCUGCUGCAGUCAUGACGCAGAUCUGUCCCCACAUUGGUUAUUCCUUUAUGGAUGUUUAAAUACACUUUUUAUUUUGCUUGUGCAUUUUAUUUAUACAUAGAGCUCUGCAAAUAUUUGGGCCACCCUGUUCGUCAUGUCUCACUGUGAACAUCUGGAAGGCUAAAAGAUAACCCUGAAGAAUACAAUGUUCAUGACAAAAACAUUUCUCUGAUAUUCUAAAAAACAAAUAGCUUUUUUUAUUUUACUUUCUUUUGUUUGGUAAUAUAAGGAAUAAAAGUUUCAUUUAUAAAUCGUA